AAUCUCAAUCUCACAAUUAAUCUCUAGUUGAUUUGUUACCUUCAAUCCGGCCACCAUGAAUGACCUAUUAUCUACAUUUGGUAGCCCUCGAAGAUGCAGUUACAGUGGUGGAGAUAUUGAAGCAGGAAAACUAUCUGCAGAGAUAGAGUUGGAUGAAUUUUUUAAAAAGGUUCAACAUAUCGAGGGAGAAUUAGAAAAACUCCGUAGACUUCUAAAGAAACUACAGGAUGCUCAUGAAGAAUCAAAAACCGUAACCAGGGCUGCUUCCAUGAAAGCAAUCAAGCAACGAAUGGAGAAUGAUGUGAAUGAAGUUGGGAUGACUGCACGUCUUGUUAAAGCAAAAAUCCAGGAACUUGAAAAGGAGAAUGUGGCAAACAGACAAAAAGCUGGAUGCGGACCAGGAACUGGAGUAGACAGAUCAAGAACAGCAACUACACUUGCCCUGAAAAAUAAGUUCAAAGAUAAGGUGACUGAAUUUCAGAAUCUGAGAGAAAGUAUACAGCAGGAGCAUCGGCAAGUUGUUGAGAGACGGGUAUUUACAGUGACGGGAACCAGAGCUGAUGAAGAGACCAUUGAUCGACUAAUAAAGACAGGGGAUAGCGAACAAAUUUUCCAAAAAGCUAUCCAGGAACAAGGACGGGGCCAGGUGGUCGACACACUAGCAGAGAUCCAAGAACGUCAUGAUGCAGUAAUAGAGCUAGAAAGAAAACUUCUUGAAUUGCAACAGAUAUUUCAAGAUCUGGCUAUCUUAGCAGAUGCUCAAGGGGAAAUGCUAGACAACAUAGAAAAACAUGUGUCGACUGCAGUAGAUCAUGUGCAAAACGGGAACAAAGCCCUUCAGAAAACAAAAAAGUUACAGAAGAACACGAGGAAAUGGACAUGCAUAGGUAUUGCAAUUUUGCUCUUUAUAAUCACCGCUGUUCUUGUUGCUGUCCUCAAGCCGUGGCAAAAUAACAAAGGUGCUUAGACCUUUACCAAUCCAA